AUGGAAGCAGAAAGGAGGAAUCCGCAGAGUAAGGGGAAAAAGGGAAGAGUUCACAACAGUGUCUUGCCUGAGAGAUACUCAGAUGCUGGGACUCUGACUUCCACUGUGGAUAGGAGCACUCAGCCCUACAAGAGAGUCUCUGGUGUGGGAUUGGGGAGACCAAGGUUUUCCCAGCAAGGAGCACAAAGGGUUUGCCCCCACUCCCGGCGCCGACACCGCACCACCUUCAACCCAGUACAGUUGGAGCAGCUGGAGUCAGCCUUCAUGAGGAACCAAUAUCCUGACAUCUGGGCACGAGAGAGUCUUGCCCAGGACACAGGCCUCAGUGAAGCCAGGAUCCAGGUUUGGUUCCAGAACCGCAGAGCUAAGCAGAGGAAGCAAGAGCGGUCCCUGCUCCAGCCACUGGCUCAUCUGUCACCUGCCACCUUCUCUAGCUUCUUGCCUGAGUCCUCUGCUUGCCCCUACUCCUACCCAACACCACCUCCACCAGUAGCCUGUUUCCCUCACUCCUUUAACCAGCCCCUUCCUGCCCAGCCUACCACAGGCACUUCCUUUGCUCUACCACACCAGUCUGAGGACUGGUACUCCACCUUGCACCCAACUCCAACUGGCCAUCUGUCCUGCCCUCCACCACCAUCCAUGUUUCCCCUCAGCCUUGAGCCACCAAAGCCCUGGAACUAA